AAACUUCACAGGAGUGCGAAAAGGAAGGGAAAUUGAUGGCGACCCCUUCCGGCCUUUACGACUGGGUCCAGGAAGAUGGAGGCGCCCAAAUAAGGCAAAUUUCACAGCCCUCUCCCGCUCCUUCUAUGGCCUCAACAACGGAACAGGACGCGCUGCCCGAUAUGAGGUACCACGUACAGCUAGAUACUGG